ACAUUACUGUUAGUAAGUCUGUUUAUUAAUGUAGAGGAAGAAGAUACACAAUCUUCUUCUGUCAAACUAACACUGACCAUACUGUAUGUGAGAAGUUUAUGGUGUUCAGGGUCUGGCUCUGGUUGUUAUUUGUCCUGGUUCUGGUUCUGAGCUUACAGUCGGAGGUACUGACCACUCAGACUGACUGAGGUCCAGAAUGUGGUGGUUUUCUGCUUUCCUGUCAGGGUUCUGAGUUUUCCAGUCACCACGUUAACUGGUGAUCGACUGGUCGCUCGUCGUUCAUUUGUUGGAAGCAGGAAGCAGCAUGUUGGCUUCUCCAUCAAUACAGGCUCUAAACAAACUGAUGUGAACAGGAUCAUGUUGGAGUUGAACUAAAAUCCGUCUAACGCUGUAUGAAAUUUGCUCCUGUUGUUACGAAAGCAGCUGAAAUCAAAGCAGGACUAAGGAGCUCUGCUCGUGAGGAAAAAAACUUUGUUUUGGACAAUGAUGAGACCCAGUGACUCUGAACCUGUGAUCAGAUGCUUUGAUGUAAAAUCAUUUAUCAGGGUGCUGUGAUGACAUCAGAGAAGCUGUUAGAUAUACUAGAACACUUAAAAGAUGAAGACUUUAUUAAGUUUAACUGGUUCCUGCAACAGCAUGGAAGCUUGGAAGGAUUCACAACCAUUAAAACAAGUCGACUGCAAAAGGUUAAAGCAUGGGAAACCGUGGAUGCGAUGGUGCAGACGUAUGGACUUCCUGAAGCGGUGGAGGUGACCCGGAAGGUUCUAGAGAAGAUCAGCAGGAACGAUCUGGUGCAGAGUUUGUCUGACAGCAGCUCAGAACAAGGAGUGGAUGUCAGUGAUGCUGGGAAGACGUCAGAGACCAAACCACCUUCCUCCUCUCAGGCUCCUCUUCCUCAGACUGAAGUUGUGAUGGUUCCAGUACCAGAGCCACGGCCUAUCACAUAUUACCAGGAGAUGCUUCAAUCAAACCACCAAAAUGAGUUUUUGUGUGUGAAACCAGGCUGGUCAGAAGACAACCAACGUCUGGAUGACAUCUACACAGAGCUGUACAUCACAGCUGGACCGGAUUCACACAUCAACACACAGCAUGAGGUCCAACAGAUUGAGAUAACGCAACAGAAGCAAAAAUCAGAUGACAAGCCUGUGAAGCCUCGUGACCUGUUCAAACAUCCCCCUGGUAAAUACAGACCCAUCAGAACAGUUUUGACCAAUGGAAUUGCUGGGAUUGGAAAAACAGUCCUUGUGCACAAGUUUGUGUUAGACUGGGCCGAACAAAGGUCCAAUCAAGACGUUGAUCUUAUUUUCCCCCUCACCUUCCGUCAGCUGAAUACACUAAAGGGACAGAAAUUUACUUUGUCAGAGCUCAUUCAUGAAUGUAUCCCAGAAACUCUGUCCAUCAGCCUGGAGGCUCUGAAUUACAUCUUUACAAAACUACAGUUAUCAGGAAACAGCAACUAUGACAAGAGCAGGUUCAAACUUUUGUUUGUGUUUGAUGGACUGGACGAGAGUCGCCUCCAACUGGACUGUAGCACCAGUAAAAAGGAGACGGGUCAACGUGACGUCACAGAGUCCACCUCAGUGGAUGAGCUACUGACAAACCUCAUCAGAGGAAGACUACUACGCUCUGCUCGCAUCUGGAUCACCACACGACCUGCAGCAGCCAAUCAGAUUCAUCGAGACUUUGUUGAUGUGGUGACGGAGGUCAGAGGUUUCACUGACCCACAGAAGGAGGAGUACUUCAGGAAGAGAUUCACAGAUGAGGAGCAGAGCAACAGAAUCAUGUCCCACAUCAAGACGGCACGAAGCCUCCACAUCAUGUGCCACAUCCCAGUCUUCUGCUGGAUCACUGCUACGGUUCUGGAGGAUCUGCUGGAAACCAGAGAGGGAGGAGAGCUGCCCAAGACCCUGACAGAGAUGUACGCAGAGUUCCUGGGGUUUCAGAUGGAUCAGACUAAAGAGAAAUACGAACCAGAAGAGAGCAGCAACUACAUUAAGUCAUUGGCUAAACUGGCUUUUGCACAGCUGGAAAAGGGAAACUUGAUAUUCUAUGAAAAAGAUUUGAAAGAGAGCGGCAUAGAUGUCAGUGGAGUCUCAGUGCGUUCAGGAGUGUUCACAGAGAUCUUUAAACAGGAGCGAGGGAGGAAAGCGAAAUACAAGAUGUUCAGCUUUGUUCAUCUGAGCGUUCAGGAGUUUCUGGCUGCCGUUAAUAUGAUGCUCUGUUACACCAACGGGAGGAUGGAGGAACUGGAAGAGUUUCUGGUCAAAGACUGGGAAUCUUCCUCGGUUGAUGAUGAUGAUGAUGAUGUGUCACAUGAACAUUACUCAUCUCUGGAUGUUGUCUUGGGUAGAGUAAUGGAGAAAUCCCUCCAAAGUCUAACUGGCCACCUGGACCUGUGUGUUCGCUUUCUUUAUGGCCUCUGUUUGGAGACAAACCAGAGAAUCUUAGAAGGUUUGCUGGGUCACACAGAGAACAGUCCAGAAACCAUCCAGAAAAUCAUCAACAACCUGAAGGAGAUGAACAGUUAUAAUAACUCUCCAGACAGAAGCAUCAACAUCUUCCACUGUCUGAUGGAGAUAAACGACGACUCAGUCCAUCAGCAGAUCCAAGAGUUCCUGAAGUCAGGGAACAGAUCAGAGAAGGAACUCUCUGAGAUCCAGUGCUCAGCUCUGGCCUACAUGCUGCAGAUGUCAGAGGAGGUUCUGGAUGAGUUGGACCUGAACCAGUUCAACACAUCAGAUAACGGACGCCUGAGACUGAUCCCAGCUGUGAGGAACUGCAGAAAGGCUCAAUUUUCUGGCUGUGGACUCACAGAGACUCACUGUGAAGUUGUGGCCUCAGCUCUGAAGUCCAACCCGUCACAUCUGACACAACUUGACCUCAGUGACAACAAGCUGCAGGACUCAUCAAUGAAGGUUCUGUCUGCUGGGCUGGAGAAUCCUCACUGUCGACUAGAGGCCCUGAGAUUGAUGACUUGCAAUUUGUCAAAGAACAGCUGUGAUUCUCUGGUCUCAGCUCUAAAGUCCAACCCGUCACAUCUGACACAACUGGACUUGGGUGACAACAAGCUGCAGGAUUCAGGAGUGAAGCAGCUGUGUGGUUUUCUGGAAAGUCGUGAUUGUCGACUGGAGACUCUGAGACUGAGUGGCUGUAAUCUUUCAGAAAGAAGCUGUGAAGCUCUGUCCUCAGUUCUCAGCUCUCAGUCUGCUAGUCUGAGAGAACUGGACCUGAGUAAGAAUGACCUGCAGGAUUCAGGAGUGGAGCUACUGUCUGCUGGACUGAGUCCUCAUUGUCAACUAGAGACUCUCAGGCUAAGUGUUUGUAACCUGUCAGAAAGAAGCUGUGAAGCUCUGUCCUCAGUUCUCAGCUCUCAGUCAUCUAGUCUGAGAGAACUGGACCUGAGUAACAACAACCUGCAGGAUUCAGGAGUGAAGCUACUGUGUGGUGGACUGAGUCCUCAUUGUCAAAUAGAGACUCUCAGGCUGUCAGGCUGUCUGCUCUCAGAGGAAGCUUGUGUCUCUCUGGCCUCAGCUCUGAGCUCCAACCCCUCCCAUCUUAGAGAGCUGGACCUGAGCUACAAUCAUCCAGGAGCCUCAGGAGUGGAGCUGCUGUCUGGACUGAAGGAUCCACACUGGAGACUGGACACUCUCAGGGUGGAGCCUGGUGGAGUCCGAUGGUUGACACCAGGUCUGAGAAAGUAUUUCUGUCAACUCACCAUCGACACAAACACAGUGAACAGGAGACUACAACUGUCUGACAACAACAGGAAAGUGACAUGUGUGGAGGAGGAUCAGUCAUAUCCUGAUCAUCCAGACAAAUUUGACGGGUGUCCUCAGCUGCUCUGUACUAAUGAUCUGACUGGUCGCUGUUACUGGGAGGUUGAGUGGAGUGGAAGAGUUGAUAUAUCAGUGAGUUACAAAGGAAUCAGAAGGAAAGGAGACAGUAAAGACUGUUUGUUUGGACACAACAAUCAGUCCUGGAGCUUAAUCUGUUCUGAUGUUGGUUACUCUUUUAAGCACAAUAACAGAAUAACAACCAUCUCCACCUUUGUGUCUCACAGAGUAUCAGUGUAUGUGGACUGUCCUGCUGGUUCUUUGUCCUUCUACACAAUCUCUUCUGACAAACUGAUCCACCUUCACACCUUCAACACCACAUUCACUGAACCUCUUUAUCCUGGGUUUGGGUUUGGGUUUAGAUUUCAUUCUGGUUCCUCAGUGUUUGUGUGAUGUGUACAGCAGUAGUGAGAGUUCUGAUCAUGUCCGAGAAACAUUGUCACUGUUGAACAUGAUUCAGUCUGUUCAUGUCUGUCUCAUUUUCAGAUUCAUUAUACCAGUUUCUUUCUGAACCAGUUCUAAAUGAUUCCUUGUGAAAAUCUCCCUCUUCCAGUCUUUAAAGAUGGAAGCUCUAAUUACUUCAUACUGUACUUCAAGUUGUUUUCCAGCCAAUAUCAGGAUGUAUCUUCUUCCCUGAAGCUCAGUUUAGCACAUGGACCACUGAGCUGAAUCAGUUAGAAGCUUCCAGAUGUUCAAAGAUGAUUAUUAAAUUAAUGGUUGGCUGAAUGUUUCUGAACAAUUGCUCAUUUUCUGUCCCUCUAGUACAAGCAAGCAGCUCAGCCCUUAUAAUAAAGUGGUUAAUUUCAUGAACAGAAAACCACAGCAAACUACAAAGAAUCAAAAUUGAUCAUAAUGUAACAUGAUUUAAAAAAGAUUCAGAUUCACGUGUACAUUUGAAAAUUUGGAAAUUAUGUGUCUCUAUGGGGUAAGAUCUCUAUCAUUAUUCAAGAAUGUAGUUUUUUAGUAGUUUCGAGAGCGCACUUUAGAGAUUUAUUGUUAAGAUUUUGUCAUGCUUGCACUCAAAACCCUUUCUUCGCUCUCGCCACUCUGCUCGCGUUCAAAUCUUUAUCGGCGCUCUCAGAUUUCCAGUGCUCGCGCUCAAAUUAUCCUCCUCGCUCUCUGUUCUAGUUGCUCGCUCUCAAUUUGUCUUGUGCGUGCGCUCGCUUCUACGACCCGAGAUGAUCAUAUCAAAAGUCACCAGCCAAUAGGAGGCCAGGGCUGCUGAACAAUGACAUGACGCUUACUUUUCCCAUGCGGAAGAGAAGCAAUGAGAAUGUAAAAGGAACACGGUGACGGUAUUUUGGUUAAAACUCGAAUUAAAAGCAGUAACGUCACUUAUUAUGGAAAUUAUGAACAUCGCUAACUGUGGUAAUCGAUUAAGCUAGCUUAAUGCAAUUGGAUACAAAGCAUUAACAGUCCAACAUGAUUUUUAUUUUUUAAUAUGAUGUAUGUUUGUCCAUCUAGCUCUUACGUUGGUUUGAGCACAAUGGAGGAAUAAAGAGACAUCAGACCAUCAGUAAAGCUGUGAUUUUUGAUAUGUUUAAACCUGUUUAGCAAAAGUGUUUAACUUUAUCAGAGCACAGGGCCUCACGCAGCGCCCGUUUAUUACACUGGAGGAAACCGACUCAUUGUUUCAAUGAGUGUGGAAGGUAAAGGGUAGAUUAGUGAUGUACGGAGUUAACUGGGAAAUACAACUUAUUUUCUGAGCUGAGCAAAGUCCAAGGUGACUUGAUUCUCCAGACAGAUGUCAAACAAACGUUUCAUUCGAUUCCCCACACUAGCGACAGAAAGAGAUGAGACGAGAAUGCGGAGAAAUAAACAAAUCAGUGCACAGAUAAUCUGCCGUGGUUGCCUUUCACCUCAGCUGGUGUCUGUCCUCAUCCACCGCACCCGAUAAUCUGAAGUAGCAACUGAUCAUUUUUUUAGUCUGACUGGUUAAAUCAGUUUAGGGAUCUAACCCUGGUGCUGAUGUUGUUGGGCUUGGCCUACACUUUACAGGUUGACAGAUUUAUUUCAACAAAAUAUAUUAUUAUCCAUCGCUCUGUCAGACGUCAACAAGUCUAAAGGCAGCCACCUGACCCCGGAUGAAUUUAUUUAUUUUCUCUGUACCAAGGUGAAAUUAGAUUAUGCAAAAACAGGUCACCUUUUAUGAAAAAUAGAAUGAACUCAUCAUAGCCUCAUACGAUGUACUAGUAGUCCACUUUCUGUUUUGUUUUUUGGGGGGACGAGGGGUUGGAUUUGUGGUCGGGUUUGUUCUGUGUUCUUACGUUGUUUUACUGUAUACCGGGUAACGAGUAACGUAAUUCUAAUUCUCUGUAGAUCCAAAACAAAACAUAUUGUAGAAAUUGACAAAGUUGACUUUUCUUAAUACACGGACUCUGAAAUACUUGUUCUAAAGUCACUUUGCUUCCGCAUGGGAAAAGUAAGCAAUAAUGUCAUUGGUCAGCAGCCCUGGCCUGGGAUGACCCCAUAUGUCUCCACCCAUUAUCAUAGAUCCAGCAUUUUGAUCAUGUGUUGUGCUUAGUGUCCGGUCUUAUUUUGGUAUUUCCUGUCUUGUUUCCUGUCUGCCUUGGUUCUUGUUCACUUACCUAGUCAUGUGUCACCACUUCCUGUUUUAUUUUGGUAUCACUUCCGGUUUUGUUCUGUUCUGCUUAGUCCCAGCCUAUUCCGCCAGUCAUGUGAUUUCACCACCUGCAUUCCUUUAGUCAUUAGUUGGUUAUUUAUACUCCUGCACUUACCUCCUUGCUUUGCCAGAUUGUUAGUUCAUGUUUGUGUGUCUACUCCUCAGCAUUCAGCCAAGUCCUUUUGUGUAUUGACUAUGGGUAGAUGAGGCGUCAUAAAGCCUUUUAACACAUUGCAAAACUGUAUUGAUACUGUGUCAAUACUGUGUCACUGAAUACUGACACCUGCUGGACCUUAAAUGUCCCUGCACAUGCAAAAUUCACUUUUUGGACAUUCUGGUACGUUUAUAUGACUCCCUGGUUCACGUUAAGUCACUCAGUUUGCAAACCUGAAGUUUUCGGUUUCAGAACAGCUGAAAAGAAUUGAUUUAAGCAACUCUGAGUUGGGGAGGCACGGUGGUGUGGUGGGUAGCACCAUUGCCUCACAGCAAGAAGGUUCGAUUCCCGGAGGCGGCCCUGGUGCCUUUCUGUGUGGAGUUUGCACGUUGUGGGAAAUUUUGUGUUUGUCAUGAGAUGCUGUGCCUCUGGCUGAGGGUUGUUCCUGGGGGGUCAUUAACCAUUUGGUUAUCAGAUGGUGGGGGGUUUCACUGUAGUGACCACGGGAACAUUGUUAAAGGAAGUAAAGGGGGGUUUACUGCACUCAUGUAUAUCAAAGACCAGUCAACAGCUCAUGUGGGGGUUUGUAACAGGGUAUAAAUACAGGUCUUGUGUCCUCAGUCCCUCAGUGGAUACUUUGUAUAUGCUGUAGUAAGAUGUGCCUUACGUCUUAGAGGUAUUGUGAUUGUGAUCCACUCUGUGUCGACAUGAGAGUAAACUUUGAGAUGGUUUAUCACACUGAUGAGCUCCGGUUGAUUUCUUUAUAAUAGGAUUUCCACAACAACGUUCUCCCCGUGUUCGCGUGGGUUCUCUCCGGGUUCUCCGGCUUCCUCCCACAGUCCAAAAACGUGCCGCGACCCGUCCAGGGUGUACCAGGGUGGCUUGGAAAAGGGAUGGAUGGAACUCUGAGUUGACUGACUCACAGUUAAGCGCGUGCGCCGCGACGAUACAAAACCCUGAUCAAUGGAGUGAUGAUAUUACGAGUCACCAUGGCAACAGGACAACAAAAGAGGUCGACGAGCCUACAAUCCGUAGAAAAAGCAAGACGGCGAGAGAGAAAGAAUUAGCUUGGAAAAAAGUAGUUGCUUGAGUCAGUGCGAAAGUUUACAUUUCAAUCAUACCGUGUUCGGUGUAACUAAUUACUAAAUAAUGUUACUAUUGUUGUUAUAUUUCACUUGUAAAGUAAGGACUUGUAAAGUAAUUGUCCAUUCAUUUAAGAAGUUUCUUCAGUAAUUGCAUAAAUACCGAUGUUUGUAUGAAUUAAAAGUGCAGUGUUAUGUCUAUGCAUUUUUAAAAUUCCUGUUGUGGUUGAUGUGGGAUUUGUAAAGUAAUGAUAAUUCAAUAAUCCAAUACGUUUUAUGGAGAGCAAUUAUUACAUUAAUCUAAUUAGGUUUUUAAAAGUUACCCAAAACUCAUGUAAUAAUAUAAGAAUUUAAUUAAAAUUUUUAUGUAGGUGCAAUCCUGCAGGCAUAAAAAGAACAUGACUGAAAAUGAAAUGUAAAAACAUAAUUCAAACAGGUAUAAGGCACGACCAUAUCAUGGGUGUAGACUACCUGACUUUACAACAAUUGACAUAUUUAAUAACUAAAUAGCAUGCAGAGUAUAGCAGUGCAGCAGCAUUGUUAACAUGGGUGUCAUGUUUUCACAUAGUUAAAUCAUUUGACUCCUACUCAGCCAACAGAAAGUAGGCAGAGGCUAGAACAACUGGUGGAGGACCUGCACCACCACCACUGACACAUGCAGAGGAGAAGGCCCUCAGCAUGAACACUGGAAAGCAGGGGCUGAAGGAAUUCAUCAGAACCCGUCACUCCCCAGGAUACAAGUGCAUGUGUAAAAUAUUCUGAUGGUAAUAUAUGAAUCUUCCUGUCACAACAGAAGCCCAUGAUGUUAGUGUGGAAGAACAGCAGGAGGGUCCGUCGCAUUCUGCUGCACGGAUGCACACAUUACCAGUUAAGGAGUUGUAUAAACUAAAUCUCAUGGAAAUGUUAUACUUGGACUGCCAGAUUGAAAAGACAGAUCUAGAAAUUGAAAUUAUUAAACAAAAGCUGGAGGAAAUGAAGAAAACCAAAUAAAUUAUGAUUUGCAUUUA